CUAGUCUUUCAACAGCUCCAUAACUUAAUUCUUUGGACAUCAUCACCAUCAAGAGACCAUAAAUCCACAUUCGCUAACCGACCGGCACAGGACAGACAGUACCCUAAAAGAAUUAGAGGGCGCGAUCCCAUCCACUGACUCGGGCACGCCGCGCCACAGCGACAACCGACAUCAGAACCAAGAUGGCGACGGACACUGAUCCUUCGCCGAGUGCGAGUUCGCACCUCGCUUCCCAGUUGCUCACACACACGGCCCCCAGCUACGCCUUCACCUUCACGCCCUUCCUACAGCGCACCUACCAGCACAGCCUCCCGCCAGACCGACCCGUCUGCAAAGCCAACCUUUCCGGCAACUGCCCGCUCAAGUCGCACUGCCCGGACCGACACAUCACGUCGGCGGCAACCGAGAACCGCAACCGCGACGGCGGCGGCGGGUUCGGCUCGCUGGUAUGCAAGCACUGGCUGCGGGGCCUCUGUAAGAAAGGCGAGACGUGCGAGUUCCUGCACGAGUACAACCUGCGCAAGAUGCCCGAGUGCAACUUCUUCCUGCGGAACGGGUUCUGCAGCAACGGCGAAGAGUGUCUGUACCUGCACAUCGACCCGUCCUCGCGGCUGCCGCCGUGUGCGCACUACGAGCGCGGCUUCUGUCCGCUGGGGCCGAGGUGCGACAAGAAGCACGUGCGGAGGCGCAUGUGCAUGUACUACCUGGCCGGUUUCUGUCCCGAUGGAAAGCAGUGUCGGGAAGGAGCGCACCCGAAGUGGGUGCCGGAUGGGGAGCUGGAGAAGCCUAAGGUGAAGGAGGAGCGGCCGAAAGAGGAGGGCCAGGAGGAGAGGGAGCGGGAAGCGCAGAGGGAGAGGGAGAUGGAUAGGAUGGGUAGGGAUAGAGACGGGGAGAGGGGACAUGAUGGGAGGCAUAAGGAUCGGUUUGGAGGUGGGAGGGGGUUUCGGUGGAGAGGGAAAGGCGGGCGGUUUAAGGGUAGGGGUCAUUAGGGAGGCAGGCACU